CUGAGGUGACAGUCACCUCGUGACGUCACCGCCUGCGUCCAUGAAUCAAAAAACAUGGCGGCUGCCAUGGAGCUGAGAUGCUGGGGAGGAGACUGGGGUUUGCCUUCUGUCCACACCGAGUCCCUCAUAGUUCUGGCAUACGCCAAGUUUUCUGGGGCAAAAGUCACAGUUUCUCCUAUUGACUGGACAUGGAAAACUCUAACAGCCACAGUUCCAGAGUUGCUUUGUGGAGACUCUGCAGUUCAAGAACCAACACAGAUACUCAACUUCCUGAGAAAACAGAGGUUUAAUGCAGACUAUGAGCUGACAGCCAGACAAGGAGCAGACACCAUGGCAUACAUCGCUCUGCUUGAAGAGAAAUUGCGACCAGCUCUGUUACACACUUUCUGGGUGGAUGCGGAAAACUAUGCCAAUCUGACACGACCGUGGUUUGCAUCCCGCUCGCCAUUCCCUCUUAACUUUCUCGUCCCUAGUCGCCAUGCCAACAUCGCCCUCUCCCGCAUCCUUUUAACCAAAGGAGAGGCGCCACUACACAGAAUCACUGAGGUGGAGGGAAAGAUUUACAGUGAUGCUAAAGAGUGCCUGAACCUCCUCUCCUACAGACUGGGAACAGCCAACUACUACUUUGGCAACUCGCCGACCAGUCUGGAUGCCUUUGUAUUUGGUUUUGUGGCUCCACUCCAUAAAGCCAGUCUUCCCAGCAGCCCCCUGCAGAGCCACCUCAGACAUCUGGAUAAUCUCACACGCUUCUGUGACACCGUCCUCGCAGUCUACUUCAGCUCAGACCACCCUUGUCCUCCCCCACCUGUUCAGGAAACAGUGGAUGCCAAUCUUCAGAAACUAACUCAGCUUGUAAACAAAGAGUCCAACUUAAUAGAAAAGAUGGAUGAUAACCUUCGCAGCAGCCCUCAGCACAAACCCCACAGACCAGACCCCAAACCCAGUCUGGCCAGUGAGAAGAACUCUACCCCUGCCUAACCCUUGACCUUACAACCCUGAUCCAACCUUAUGAAGCGAGGAGGAACGUCCCCGUAGAUCAAAGGUGCUGCUCUGAACCUGACUCAACGUUCUGAAAUCAAAAAAAUUGUUAUAAAACUGAACUGCAGCUUGAGUGGAAAAUAACUAAUUAACGGAAACAUGACUAUAUAAUUAUAAAGAGACUUUUUUUUACAGCAAGAUAAUGAUGAUAGAUUUCAAAGAUGUUUGUCUAAAAGGGAAGAAAAAGUGCUUGUGUAAGGUUUUUAAAAAGGUUGAACGCAUGUAUGUGGUGAAGAUGGAAUGCUAUGAAAUGGCUCUCGAUGAGAAAGACACAGAAAGUUCAAAGGAAAGCCAAAGGAAAUGAAAAGUCCAGCAGGGGAAAGUAAGUGGCGCUGCUUAACCUCUGAGUUGGCCACUUGUCCAUUUUUCUUUUAAACCUUUUACAUCUUUUGUUUAAGGGAUAUUUUCUAUUUGAAUUGCUUUUUUCUCCAAUGAUCAAUGCCACACCCCAGCUGAUGCAUCAUAGAGAGCAAGAGGAUGUUGAGAUUACUUUUGAAAUUGAGACAAAUACUAAGUUAAAGAGCCCUCUGUCACUAAAGUAGAAUAAUGUGGGGCUAGUGCACUUUAAGGCAAGAUUUAUUUACUUAUGUUAUUCCAUUUUAUAAAUCUGAGUUUUAUCAUGUAGGAUCUCAGAUCCAUUAGAACACUGAGCACACCCUGUUCUAACAUCCACUGUAAAAUGUUCUGCACUAUAAAUUCUAAUAACAUUUGAAUUAGGGUAAUGUGCAGUAUGUAUGCAGCCAUGGGAAUAAUGAACUAUAGGAAUAAUUGAUUAACUUGUACAGUUGUAAAUAGUUUCAUGGUUGAAAUCAAUGCAGUUUACUUGUGCUUUCCUCUAAUAGGGCUGAUCAGUUUGUUCACAAUCUUUGCUAAAUCCACUGAGGUAAUGGAAGGGCCUUAUAACUUAUUCAUGCAAAAUAUUUGGGACUAACAUGGUUAUGUGUGUGUGAGAGUUUUCCCUGAGGACUAUCAGAAGACAGAAGUGUGUCUUUCAGUCAUUUUUUUCUUUGUUGUGUGAGAUUUUGUGUGUCACUAACAAUCCACUCACUUCUGUUGUUGCCAUGAUUUUCCACGACCAACAUUUGUUGUGCCUAUUUAAUGGUCACUUUGUUUAAAUUGAAAUGUCUGUCCCUUUUUGGGACAUGUCUCAUUAGUUGCCUGUUUUCCUUUAUUUUUACUGUCUGAUUAUGUAGUACAGAAGUUGGGCUGUGAAAUGAGUUGCCUCUGUUUUCUUUAUGUUCCCGAGUAUCCUCACAGCUCAUACAUCACUGAGUUGAGUCUACUCCAUGUGAUUCCUUUCAUUGUCUCUGUGUGCCAGUUUUAAAAUAUUAAUACUCAUAAAGAUACUUGGGCUCUUGUACCCUUCCAAAAAAAAUCACUUCAUGGAAACAUUCCCUUUAAAGCACCAUAUUCUGAGUGUCCAUUGGGUGUGUGUGUGUGUGUGUCAUCACACCAUGUUGUUGCACAGGCUCGUGUGGACCAUAUGAGUUCAGUGUGCCUUCAUGACUGCAGGUGUCAAAGUGUGUUUUCAAAAACACAGUCGUUCAUAGUUUUGGUACAUUAUCAUAAAUUAUCUUUGUCAUUAUCUUUGCUGUUGUUCAUAAUCUGUUGAUGGUGACAACUGCCUUCAUAUUAUCAUAUUACUCAAAUACAAAUAUGAUAAGCCGA